CUCGCCCGUCCCUCGCCCUCCGUUCUGUCCGAUCCUCUCUACUCAUCCCAUCUGCUCGCCAUCUACCAUCGAGCUCACAAUGACCGACUCAAUCGAACGUGGUCUUCUCCGCUCUCUCUCCAACUACCCCGCCCGGGACGAGACUGUACACAUUGGGACAACCUUCACAGACCCUUCGACGCAGUUAAGCGCGAUCCUCAACGCGCCUAAUGCCGACGAGCAGCUCCGCGACCUCGCGCGCCUGGUCUCUGAACGCGGCGUGGUCUUCUUCAAGGACCAGGACAUCAAGAUCGAGGACCAGCUCAAGCUCGCCGACCGUCUUGGCCGUCUGUCGGGCAAGCCUGAGACAUCGGGCCUGCACAUCCAUCCCGUCUCGGAGACUACGGCCGAGUUUGGGCCGGAGGUGAGCGUGAUCUCAAGCAAGAAUGGCAUUGCACGCGCGGGCGUCAAUGAGCACACGCGCGCGAGCACGGGCUGGCACGCGGAUAUUACCUUCGAAAAGGUCCCCUCCGAUUAUGCUAUCCUCAAAAUCCACACUCUUCCCAAGGUCGGCGGUGAUACCCUCUGGGCGAGCGGCUACGAGGCCUACGAUCGCCUCUCCCCAGCCUUCAAGCGUUUCCUCGAGGGCCUGACUGCUGUACAUAACGCGGACUUCUUCAACGAGUAUGCGAAGGCGAAGGGUGUCAAAAUCCAGGACCCGCGCGGCUCGCCUCUCAACAAGGGCGAGAACCUCACCGCUGUCCACCCUGUGAUCCGCACGAAUCCCGUGACGGGCUACAAAACGCUCUACGUCAACCGCACCUUCACCAAACGCAUCCUCGAGCUCACUCCCGACGAGUCCGACGACGUCCUCCAGUACCUAUUCCGGCACGUCGCGGAGAACCACGACCUGCAGGUGCGCUACAGGUGGGGCAAGAACGAUGUCGCGAUCUGGGACAACCGCUCGACGUUCCACACUGCGACGCUUGAUUAUGGCAAGGAGGACCGGGAGGGAAACCGGGCGGUGAGUCUGGGCGAAGUGCCGUAUUUUGACCCCAAGAGCAAGAGUAGGCGAGAGGCGCUCGGGUUGUGAGGUGCGACAUGAACUGAACUAUCGGUGCUUGUUUGUGCCGGAAGUUGGAUGCCCUUGAGGUUGUAAAAUAGAGGAAUGCAUAAACUUCGGUACGGAGGAAGAAUCAUCAUGAUAUUUAAAC